UUUCCUAAUCAGUUUGUCCUGCAUUGGCUAAGCUGGCUACCAGUGUGCCAGUAGUAUUUUAUACAGACCAAAACCUACAUGGACUAACACUGAAUUACAGCAUAUUGACUUACACUAUCUCAUUUGUGCAUGGGCAAUUUUUUCUCCUUUUCAGGGCCUCAUGUGGACCAUUGGAUGAAAUGCAUACAAAGAAAAAGCUGUUGUUUUGGACCUAAAUAGCUGCAUGCAUAGCUGAAAUCUAAAGGCAUCAGUGCGCAACAAGACCAGCUUAAGAUAAGUGUCACAGACUGCGAGAAGGAGAGGGGUGGUCCGGUCCAGGUGCCAUUCCCAAUGGAAAAACUCCUCCUGUUACAGUACUCCACUACUCCCACGAUCUGGGUCAGCAUCAGUGGUAAGUGAUGUCAUCUGAGAACUUGGUUGAGCCCUGCCCUCAGGGCGAGACAGGGGUGAGAGGGCUGCCGGAAGCCCAGCUGGCCUGUGGAGACAACACGCCCCGGGAGAGACAGAGCCAGGGAGGGACACAGGAGGAGGUGGGAGACAGCGGGUCCCUGGCCCACAACAACAAGAUACAGGAAGUGACAUCAGAACCCAGUGAAGGGGCAGGCCAACUGCAGGAGGACCCACAGACAGGUCUCAGAGGUAACCAGGGGAUGUCUGCAGCACGGAGGAGCGGGGAGGAUGGAGGGCCAGGUGUGUGUCUGGAGGAGCAGUGCUUCAGUGGGAGCAGGAGGAGGUCAUCCCCCAGGGGGGUGGUGUUACUACCAUAUCCAGAAAGGGAGAGGGACAGGCGGACAGAGGAGCCCAGGGGCCCAGGGUCUUUCUUCUUCUUUGGAGGAGGGAACGGAGCCUCCAUAGUAACCUCCUAUUGUGAGAGCAGAGGAUGGCAACGGAUCUAUGACAAGACUAGAGAGGACUUUAAACUCAAGUGGUGUGAGAUCAAAUCCCCAGUCACCUAUUACAACUUCAAAGAAGGUGAACAGCUCCUUUUCCAGAUCCCCAACAACAAGGUGCUGACCACUAAGAUCGGCCUCCUUAGCAGCCUAAGGGAGUAUGACCGCUUCAGCAGCAAGGUCAACCACGGUCGGGGACUGAGGAGGAUGAAAAUUGAGGAGUUUUUCCCCACCACCUUCCGCAUGGACAUGAGAGAUGAGAGAGAGGCUUUCUUUGCCCAGCAGGAAGGUAUGUGUGAUGAGAAGACAAGCAUGUGGAUCUGUAAGCCCACGGGCCUCAACCAGGGGCGAGGCAUCUUCCUCCUGAGGAGCCAGGACGACGUCUCGGCCUUCAGACUCAAGCUGCAGAACAUCGCAGAGAGCCAGUGCAACAGGACGCUGCCUUUUCGCUUGCCCCAGGCACGCAUCGUGCAGCAGUAUGUCCAGAACCCUCUGCUCUUAAAGGGGAGAAAGUUUGAUGUGCGCUCCUAUUUCCUCAUUGCCUGCACCUCACCCUACAUGGUAUUUUUUCGCCAUGGUUACGUGCGCUUGACCUGCGACCUUUAUGACCCCAACUCCCCCAACCUCUCUUCCCAUUUGACCAAUCAGUACAUGCAGAAGAAGAACCCUCUCUACAGCGUGCUGAAGGAGGAGACUGUCUGGUCCAUGGAUCGAUUCAACACCUACGUCAAUGACAAGCUCAGUGUUGCCAAGGGCCUGCCUAGGGACUGGGUGCUUGGCGCUUUCGCCAAGCGAAUGCAGCAGAUCAUGAUCCAGUGUUUCUUCGCUGUGAAAGCCAAGCUAUAUCGUAAACUGGGGUACUUUGACCUGAUUGGCUGUGAUUUCAUGAUUGACGAUGACUUUAAGGUGUGGCUGUUGGAGAUGAACUGUAACCCAGCCCUCCACACCAACUGUGAGGCCCUGAAGGAAGUGAUUCCCAGUACUGUUGUGGAAACUUUGGAUCUGACUCUGGAGAUCUUCAACAAGUGUCGCUGUGGACUGAAGCUGCUGCCAUUGGCCAGUCAGAGGGACUUUGUGCUACUGUAUGAUGGCGAGACUGCCCAUGUCCCUGUUCUUAGCCGCAGGAGCAAAACAGCAGUACCCCUCCAAGCCCAGCGCCCAAAGAGUGCCUCCACCCAAAUGAUCUUCACCACCAGCAGGACUCAGAAGACCGAGUCUGUAGCAUCAGUGUCUCGGGAGAAGUCAGUGAGUGAAAAUACAUUUUCUCCUGUAGCCAUGACGGCUGUCUUGGUACCCCUGACUGGCACUGAUGCCACUGACCAUCCUGCCCCUGUCACUACACACAAUGAUCCAUCCCUGCAAACCGGUCCCAACCGACCCACAGGCCCAGGAGGGGCCCCCAGACCCCAUCCCAUCCACAAACCCAGUCCUCGGCCCCUCAAGCCAGCCCAAGCGCGCGUGGAGCUCCAGCUCAGCAAGUGCACCUGGCAGCGGCGAUCGGGGAACUCGGAACAUCGCAAGCCCCCAGAUCUCCUGUGGGUGAAGAAUACCUUCAAGUCCCUGUCUACCCCGGCUCUGACUGAGGGCUCACGCCUCUCUGUGAGACGCCUGCGGGCCACCAAAGCCUGCCACCCCGACCAGGUACCAUCCUUCUGCUACUCCCUGAGGCCCACCCAGUUCCGCCUGGCCAAGCCCGGCACCAGCGGCCCCGUGUGGACAGACAAACAGGACAAGGAAGGGGAACAGGAGGGAGAGGGGGGCCAGGAGCCCGGUGUAGACACACAGAGUGCAGCCAAGGAAGAGAAAGAGGACAAAGAGCACAGGGAGGAGCUGUGAUAUACUCACACUGAGACAGUCACACCUGUCAAAGUAUAGACGACUUAAUGCUAAUCAUUUUGGUUUGUGGGUAACAAUAUGUAUGGGUGAGGUUGGAACCUCGCCAUGAAAGGAAUCCUACUUAGCUUUUUAUUACAUAAUAUUUUAAAUGAAUAAAGUAUGUUUAU